AAAAAAGAUAAUUCCAAAGCGUCAUCCCUUCUCUCCCCAUUAAAUUCCUGCCCAAGACUCGGCUUCUAGACCCAUCAGUUCACAACCUUACUUUUCCUCUUUCUUCUUCAUCAUCACAAUAUCUCAGCUCUAGGCAUAUCAUGGCACCCAUCAAAGUCCAUGGAAGCCCUUUAUCAACAGCUACACAGCGAGUUAUCGUUUCCCUCCAUGAGAAAGACUUGGAAUUUGAAUUUGUUCCUGUCAAUAUGGCAACAGGCGACCACAAGAAGGAGCCUUUCAUUUCCCUCAAUCCAUUUGGUCAAGUUCCGGCUUUGGAAGAUGGAGAACUCAAGCUCUUUGAAUCAAGAGCAAUAACCCAAUACAUCGCCCGCGAUUACUCUGACAAGGGAACCCAGCUUUUGUGCCCAGGCAAGAAGAUGGCGUUGGUAUCAGUGUGGAUGGAGGUUGAGGCUCAACAGUUUGAACCAGCAGCUUCAAAGCUGAACUGGGAAAUUUUUUACAAGCCGUUUUUUGGGAUGACCACGGAUCCAGCAGCAGUUGCGGAAAACGAAACUAAGUUGGCUCAGGUUCUUGAUAUCUACGAGUCACGGCUGGCUCAAUCCAAGUAUUUGGGAGGUGACUCCUUCACCUUGGCAGAUCUGCACCAUCUACCUAACUUACACUUGCUGCUGGUGACACAAAGCAAGAAGUUGAUCGAAUCACGGCCCCAUGUUAGCGCAUGGGCAGCUGAUAUUACCGCAAGACCAGCUUGGGCCAAGGUUCUUGCUAUGCAAAAGAAUUGAAAGGGGACCGGGCGGCUGCUUAGUCUUGCUACUGGAGUUUGGUCACUUCUCUUCAAUAAUUAUGUUGUGUUCUGUUUCCUUUGUGUUUUCUGAUGUGUUUUGGGCCUCAGUCUUCCACGCGAAGACUGAUUGUAUCGACUUCUUUCAAAUAAAGCUAAGUUAUUGCCUGGCUA